AGGUUUAGGUUAAGUGUCUUUUUCUUUUGCAGAUGCAUAAUGAAAGCAUAUAAAUAUAUUAUAAUAUUUUAACAAAAAAUAUUUUCCAUCUCUAAGAAAAGAUUUCGAUACAUAUAUAUAUCCACCGAUUGGUUUUUAGCCAAUUGUUAAUCGACCGUCGUCACGAGCAGUAAUCGUUUAAAUCAGUGGAAAAGUUUUAAACAUCUGAAAGUGCAAAGUGUGCCAAAAAGGGAAAAGUUUUACUGAAUAAAAACCCUGUUCUGCUUUUUCUAACGCCACAAAUACUAAACAGGGAAAAUGAGUUCUAAAUCGUAUUUUGAGAAUUCGCACGAUGAAAGUGAAGGUGGAAAACUGUCCAGAAAAAUAAAGGAUUCGCCAUUCAUGAUUAUUGGUUUGGCUGGUUUCGUAGCGGCUGGCAUUAUUGGUGCUUAUAAAUAUAAGAACCGGGGCACAAUGAGCACCAGCGUUUUCUUAAUGCAACUUCGUGUUGCGGCGCAGGGAACCGUUGUCGGUGCGCUGACGUUGGGUCUCGGCUAUAGCAUGGCCAACGAAUAUUUAUUUAACAAAACACCCAAAGACAAUACAAAACAGUCUCAAUAAAAAUAAAACAACUCUUUUUACAUAUAUGUACAUGUAUUCACAAUGGCAAGCAAAAUGUGUGCAUCAAGGAUUUGCUGCAAAUUCUUACCAAACUGAAAACCUGAUUGAGAGCUGGGACUCUCAUACUAUAACAGUUACAUAACAUAUAUACUAAAUAUUUUCAUACAUAAUUUUUAGCUAAAUGAUAUUUACGAUAAUGAUAAUUACUACAGGUUAAGAAUAAAAAUGUUGUUGGAUAUGAUAAAAUCACUUUACUUAGGAAUAAUGACGGCAUUACAUUGCCUGUGAUAUGCAAACUAAUGAAUAUAAAAGUUUACUGAACAGAGAUGCUAAAUAGCUAAUAUUGUAGUUUUGUAAUGUUGAAAUGAACUAUUUAUAAAAAAAAUACAAGAAACAAAAAUUUUUCGUUAAACGAUAUUAUAAAUAAGCAAACGCUUACUUUUAUGUAUGAUUAUUUAAGUUAAAUUUAAUAAAAAUUAAACAAUAAAAGAUGUAAUAAUUGAUAACUGAAGAGUUUUUACCGUCAUAUAAGCAGGUAGAUGCUAAUGGGUAGAAUGUGACAUAUUGCUUACUGUCGCAUAUUAAGGGUAGCUAAAUACCCACGAUACAACAACAACGACGGUAAAAACACCUACAGUAUUUUCUAUACCUAUAUCGAAAAAAAAUCUUGGUAUUUCCAUUAGGGCCAAACCUGAAGCGCCAGCCCUAACACUUUUGUUGGCUUCAUAUAAUAUGUAGACGUAUAUUUUAAGAAUUUUCGAUAAAUAACAAAUAGUAAAUAGUUUUUAAUCUUUUUCUAAAAUCUGUUCUACUCAUCUCAAUGCGAGGAUCUCCCAAGUUUUAAGCUGCACUUGAAAUGAAAACUAACCCUUAUGUCAGAAAUACAUUUGACAAUUUGGAACAACACAUUUGUUGUAAAAAUCAAGUCAGUUGUGGGUAUUACCAAUAUUAAAAAGUAUUUCAAAUUGAA